AUGGCUGCUUCUCGAUCUACUCGUGUUACAAGAUCUACAGUGGGUUUAAAUGGUUUGGAUGAAAACUUUUGUGGUAGAACAUUAAGAAACCGUAGUAUUGCUCAUCCAGAGGAAGCUUCGCCCCAUCCUCAGAUACGAUCAAGGUCACCAAAGAAGAGGCCAGAGUCUGUGCAAACUCAGAAGGGAAGUAACGGUGGAAGAACUACUGAUUUGAAACAACAGAGUGCUCGGGAAUCAUGGGUGAGCCCUAGAAAGAGAGGGCUGUCUACUUCGGAGAAAGAUAAUGUUGAUAAACAAACUGUGGAAAAUUGUGAAAAAAAACAAGCAGAACCUGUUUCCCCAGUUUUGAAAAGAAUUAAGCGCUGUCUACGCUCAGAGGCACCCAACAGUUCAGAGGAAGACUUGCCUGCUAAACCAGAGAAGGAACCAUUGGAGCAUAAAAGCUUAGUGUCGGACAAUGAUGCAGUCUCCACAGGGACUAAGCGAGCUUGUCGAUGUCUUAUAUUGGAUGAUUGUGACAAAAGGGAGGUUAAAAAGGUGAAUGUCUGUGCAGAAGGAUUUGGUAAUUCUGCAAUAGUUGACGAGAUCGCAGGCUAUCAGACUGUCAAUGGAGUUGGUGAGAGAGACUCACAUUCUCUUAACUGUGAUGACUGUCAGCUUGAUGGGAACACUAAGCAAAACAGUGCUGGUUCCUGCAUGCCCAAGGACAAAACAGUAGCAGAAAACGGAAACUCGUUUGCCCAUUCUUCGUUGUUGCUUAGUGGCAGCAAGGAGGGCAGUGUUGUAGACCAUUAUGUGCCUUGCACAAACUCUCAAGAACAGGUAAAGUUAGAGGACCACAAAAUAAUACAUGACUGCUUGCCUGAGGAGCAUGCUACUCAGGCAUAUGAGCCAGCUACAGGGUCCUUUUCUGAAAUCCAGUCAUCUUUGCUAAGGGAUUCGGAGGAGGAGGUAGAUGUUGUAGGAGAUAGUAGUGCCUCUAAGGAACAGUGUGCUGAAAACACCAAUAGCAGCCCGAAUGCUCGUCACGACAGUGCAUCGAUCUCAGGUGAACCUGAACCACAUUCUUCAGUGCUGGACUGUGUUUCAGCUCAAAUGACAUCUAUGUCGGAACUCCAAGAACACAGAUAUACACUGAGAACUUCACCACGAAGGGCUGCCCCUGCCAGAAGUAGCCCUACUAAAAAUAACUCUCCUUGUAGAGAAAACGGACAGGUUGAGGAAAAUAAUGUUAGUCCCACUGAAAAGAAUGUACCUGUAGGUAUUAAUAGUAUCAAUGGAUCUCCCAAAAAGUCUGAAGAAAGUAAACAGAGUGAAAAAGAGAGAAAUGGUAAUACAGGAGAUCUUGGGAGUGACGGACUAAGAAAGCCACUUUCUGAGGCUAGGCUUGUUGCUGGAUAUGUACCAUCUGCCAAAGAGAGUGCCAACAUCCACACUGCAGAGGAUGAUGAGGAAGAGCCUGAUGUGUAUUACUUUGAAUCAGAUCAUGUGGCAUUGAAACACAACAAAGAUUAUCAGAGACUGUUACAGACGAUUGCUGUACUCGAGGCUCAACGUACUCAAGCAGUUCAAGACCUUGAAAGUUUAGGCAGACACCAGAGAGAAGCACUGAAAGAUCCUAUUGGAUUUGUGGAAAGACUCCAGAAGAAGGUCGAUAUGGGUCUUCCAUAUCCUCAGAGAGUUGUUCAGCUCCCUGAGAUUGCCUGGGACCAAUACACCACUAGCCUUGGAAACUUUGAGAGAGAAUUCAAAAACCGAAAACGUAACAGUAGGAGGGUGAAGCUGAUUUUUGACAAAGUAGGUAUACCUGCAAGACCAAAAAGUCCUUUGGAUCCCAAGAAGGAUGGAGAGUCUAUUUCAUACUCUGUCUUGCCUUUAAGUGAUGGUCCAGAAGGUUCUACAAACAGUCGUCCGCAGAUGAUAAGAGGGCGACUUUGCGAUGAGACCAAACCUGAAACUUUUAAUCAGCUGUGGACUGUAGAGGAACAGAAAAAACUUGAGCAAUUGCUUUUGAAGUAUCCACCAGAGGAGGUAGAGUCCCGGCGGUGGCAGAAGAUAGCUGAUGAGCUGGGCAAUAGAACAGCGAAGCAGGUUGCCAGUAGAGUGCAAAAAUAUUUUAUUAAACUGACUAAAGCUGGUAUUCCAGUUCCAGGAAGAACUCCAAACUUGUAUUUAUAUUCCAAAAAGUCAUCAAGUAGACGGCAGCAUCCUUUAAAUAAACAUCUUUUCAAACCUUCAACUUUCAUGACAUCUCAUGAACCUCCAGUUUAUAUGGAUGAAGACGAUGACAGAUCCAGUUUUCACAGCCAUAUGGAUACUGCAGCAGAAGAGGAAGUAUCGGUAAAG